AUGUAUAGACAUAUGAAUAAAAAGUCUUAUAUUCUUUGCCAACUAAUUUUGGCUAUUUGUUCAUUACUGGCCAUGACAGGCUUCUGUGCCAUUUGUACCAUAUUUUUUUCUUAUUCGGGUGCAUUUGUCCUUCACGUUUUAUUAGCAGUGAUUGGCGUGUUAGCCACGUUCAUCACUGUAAUGUUCAAUUCAUCCACUGCUUUGUUUCUUCAUAUGAUUGUUCAGGCCAGACUAAAUACAACUUCUUUAUUGUUGCAAACGGUUUCAAUUAUAUAUUUACUGAUAAUUGCUGUUUUAUCAUUCAAUAUAUUCUUCAAUCCAAGUAGUUGGAAAUUCAACAAAAUAGGCAUUCUUGGCGUAACUGAUGAAGAGAUUCAUAAAAAUGGAAUAAUUUUGAUAAUUUUUUCGUUGCUGCUAAUUCCUAUAUCAGUUUGUUCACUAGGAGUUGCUAUUCGGCUUUUCCGUCGUAAAAAAUUUGAUACUGAAGAAACUGAAUCUGUCAAAUUACGCAAAUUUGAAUUAAUUGUACAAUUAUUCCAAUCAUAUGCUAUGAUUACUUUUGAAAGUUCAAAUAUUCACUGCACUCACAACAACCAGCACUUCAAUAUGCGCAAUGCAGAAUUAAUUGCUGAAGUAGUUCUUCAACUUCUCUCUUCCAAUAAGGAAAAAAAUUAUGACAAAAAAAAGUUUGUAUCGUUUUUUGAAUUCAUUGAGCAAUUGAGAAUGAAGCAAAGUGGUAGGCCAAAGGCUUCAACUGUAAAUUGUUUCGUUCAUAAAAAUGCAUAUGAAAUGAAAGAAAAGGAACCGAAAAAUAAUAUUGACGAGGAAGAUAUGAUGUGA